UCACUACGCAGCGGCUCUGUCACGUGAUAACGCGCUGCUGACGUGUUGGUAGGGAAGUGGCUAUCGAGCUGCCUGUAGCAAGCGUCUCAUGGUUUCCACUAACUCUUAAAAUUCAUCGUCCUUCUUAGUGAGACCACUAAUUAGUCUGAUUUGGUACCUUUAUCUGCUCUAAUAACAACGCGGAACGAACCUGGACAACAAUUUUAUGAAGAAGUGUGAGCUACUUUCACGCCGAUAAUGGGGAAGAGGAGGGUGCCAGAUCUGUACAGAGCCCCCUUUCCCUUGUACUCUAUUAAAGUGGACCCGAAGACCGGGCUGGUGAUCACCGCAGGAGGAGGCGGGGCUUCCAAAACGGGCAUAAAGAAUGCUGUGCACUUUCUGGAUCUGCAGCUGGUGGGAGAGCACCAGUACAGUGCCAGUCUCCUUCACUCUCAUGACACAGAGACCCGCGCAACCAUGAACAUGGCCGUAGGUAGCGAUGUGAUAGCUGCAGGACAGGACGGGACCUGCUGCCUGAUGAGCUUCAAACACAGUCCUCAGCGAGAAGGGGACAAAGCGGCAUCUAAAGAUGCUGGGAGCAGCGUGCAGCAGGGGCAUGCCAGGCGACGAGCCGGGAAAGGAGACAAAGGUGGACAGGAUGAAGCUGUGGGAUCUGGAGAUACAUCCGAUCUGAAGGAUGAGACGGCCCAUAUCUCUGUGACUGCUUUGGCUGAGGUGCUCUCAGAUCUGAACCCCCAGGACCCGCUCCAGAAGGUGGUUCGGUUCAGUCCUGACUUGAGUCUUCUGCUGACAGGAGGCACAGAUGGACACAUACGAGUCUGGGAGUUUCCAUCGAUGAAGAAGAAGUUUGACUUCAAAGCACACGAAGGGGAGAUUGAAGACUUGGACAUUAGUCCAGGGAACAAGCACCUGGUGAGUGCUGGCCGUGACUUCUCCUGCAGUGUGUGGAGUGGCAGCCAGCUGGCUAUGGGCCUUAACUGGCUUGAAACCAUGCCUCAGAUAGCUGAAAAGACUUAUCGCUAUAUGGCUUGCAGGUUUGGAAAAGUAGAAGACCAAAAACACACCAUAAGGCUUUACACAGUUCAGAUCCCUCAUAAACGAGACAGAAAGCCACCUCCGUGCUACCUCACCAAAUGGAACGGCCAGAGCUUUCUGCCCAUGCUGACGGCCUCAUGUGGUACUGAAGUCAUCUCCAGUCUGGCUGUCAGUGACUCUGGAACCUUUCUUGGCCUUGGAACUGUGACGGGUUCAGUGGCGAUCUACAUUGCUUUCUCCCUCCAGAAGCUGUAUUACGCACAGGAGUCCCAUGGCAUUGUUGUGACAGACUUGGCCUUCGUACCUGACUCUCUGAAAGGCAAAAACCUCAAAGGGAACAAUGAAACGGCCAUGUUGAGUGUAGCUGUGGACAGCCGCUGUCAGGUUCAUGCUGUCCCCAACCGAAGAUCCUUUUCUAUUUGGCUAGUGCUGUUCAUCUGUGGCCUCGUGGUGAUGGGACUUGUUCUCCUCUUGCAGUACCUCUUUCCAGGGUUUAUUUAAAUGAUUCAAAGUUGGACACAUCUUCACAUGACUUACUUUGCAUCGGUCCAGCAUCCUCGCCUCCCAGUGCUGCAUCACAACAAAAGUUGAGCCAGAUGAAGCUCUUCAGGCUCCUGCGCGGACUGACCAGCUGACCUCGUCUUUGUCAGCACUUCCUCAGCGUUGCUCUUCUUAGACCUGUGAACCCAAUCAGGAGUGUGGCAUUUUAUUUGUUUUGAACUCUAUCAAUUAUUCUUAAUAUGUUUUGCAUCCAUAAUGAGUUUCUGAUUAUGAAGGGUGGGCUUUUUAUUGACAUUAUUUAAGGAAACAUGUAAAAUAUUUAAAUGAGUCACAAAUAAUGUGUGUUAAACAUUGACGGCUGUGUCUUUUGACUUUCAAAUGGUUGCCCGGUAUUAACUAUCAUUUUCAACACAAAUGUACAUCUUCUAUAAAUUAAUAAUAAUUUCCUAUUAUUCAAUAAAAAUGACAAGUGAAGUUGCCAUCAGCACAUAAACACAUGGUGUGUAAAGUUGAUGAAAAUGCCAUUAGAGCAAGAGAGGGCAUUCCGUUUAAGACAUUUGAAUGACGGAAUCUGCUUGAACAUGUUGCCAAUGUACAAAUUCAUAUUAUUAUAGCUGACACGGUAAUAUCAAAUAUUAAUAAGAAAGCUUGCUUUGAAAAGGCAAACAUGUCUCCUUAAUACAUGGUUCACAAUCUUUAAGUUUACUGUGAUCAUAAUUUUAAAAAACUUUUUGGCGACUUCUGAGCAAGAGAAAUAAAUUGUGAAUACAACAUGUUUUUCAAACCAAAUCCCAGUGUUGACUGGUGUGAGU